UCGUUUUUUAAUAUACCUACUUCCUAACUCAGAAAGAAAUCUAUACAAAGACUGAUGUUUGCUAUAAGAUUAUCGAUUGGCAGGUUAGGCAACGAAGUAGUUCGACACCGUGUCGAAUGGCGAAGAACGUCUUUGCGCGGCUUUCAGAUCAGCUGUUUUGAUUUGAAAAGACGGAAGACAGCCGAGGAAAGAAAAGCUAUUCGUGUAAUAAAUAUUCCUCCCAAAAAGACCCAAAGCGAUGGUGGUGAAAAAGUAGUAGAUGUUUGGCGUAACAUGAGUGUCCUUGAGUUAGCCAAAUCAUGCCAGUUGCAACUGGAACAUAUUCAAGAGGUCAUGUUAUAUGUAAAGGGAGUGCAAAGCAUUGAUGCGGAUGCCCGGAUUGAAGAUCAAAAAAUCAUCAAAGAAAUUGCUAAUAAAUGUGGCCUUCGUACUAAAAUCGUGGCUGCUCCGGGAUUGGAGAAAGAAGAACCAAAAGAUCGGGACGUAUUACCAAGGGAGCCACCGGCCAUAGAAAAUCUGCUGGAAAGACCGCCAGUGGUAACGGUAAUGGGUCAUGUUGACCAUGGGAAGACUACUCUAUUGGACUCAUUGCGUGGUGCCUCGGUAGCUGCUAGCGAAGCAGGUGGCAUUACGCAGCAUAUCGGUGCGUUUACUGUAGAAUUAGACAGUGGCGAAAAAGUUACAUUUCUGGAUACACCAGGGCAUGCGGCUUUUAGUGCGAUGCGUGCUAGAGGAGCUCAUUUAACAGAUAUCAUUGUACUGGUGGUUGCUGCUGAUGAUGGAGUCAUGGAGCAAACCAAAGAAGUGUUGCACUUGGCGAAGGAGUGCAAUGUACCGAUGAUAGUGGCCAUCAACAAAAUUGACAAACCGGGUGCUAACGCAGAUCGAGUUAAGAAGGAACUUGCGCAGCACGGUGUGGCCCUAGAAGGAUAUGGUGGCGAUACUAUUGCAGUUGGUGUUUCCGCUUUGCAUGGCGUAAAUCUCGAUGAACUGACUGAGGCUGUAAGCACACAGGCAACAAUGAUGAACCUCAAGGGCGAGUAUGUUGGACCGAUGGAGGGAGUAGUUGUAGAAUCUAAGCUCGAUUCACAUCGUGGAAAGCUGUCGACUGCGAUCGUGACCAGGGGAACCCUUAGAAAAGGUAGUGUGUUAGUAAGCGGCUUGGCAUGGGCCAAAGUUCGGGGACUUUUUGAUCACAGCGGUCAGCCAGUGUCUGAAGUUACACCGGGAAUGCCGGUAGAAAUUCUUGGUUGGCGAGAAUUACCUUCUGCUGGGGAUAUAAUUUUGGAGGUUGAUUCAGAGAAGAUUGCUCAUUCCGUCAUGCGAUGGCGAGAAGUGCAAGCGAAACAGGGAAAAGCUGAGGGAGAUAAAAAUGCAAUUCUGUUAAAGCAAUUGGAACAUGAAGAACAGUAUCGUGCCGCGCGGGAGCAGCGGCGACUAGCUGGGAUUUUCCGAAACCGAAAACGAGGACCCCGUCCGAAGGAAUCAGCUCCAGAAGAUCCUACACCACGCGUAAACGUCAUUAUCAAAGGAGAUGUACACGGGUCCGUCGAAGCAAUUCUAGAUGUGCUGGAAACCUACGAUGAGAACGAAAAGUGCCGAUUGGAUGUUGUGCAUUAUGCUGUGGGCGAUGUAACGCAAGGAGAUCUAGAACUGGCGAAACUCUUCCAUGCAAUUAUUUAUGCCUUUUCAGUGAAAGCACCUGAAAAACCACCGAAAGGAGUAGAAAUUAGGCCAGUGAAUAUAAUAUACAGGCUAGUAGAUGAUCUCAAGAAGGAGAUUAACACUAAGCUGCCUCUGGUGGACGUGGAAGAAACGGUAGGCGAAGCCAAUGUGCUACAGUUGUUUGAAAUCAACGAGGGCAGGCGAAAAGUAAUGGUCUUAGGAUGUCGUUGCACAAAGGGCGUACUGAAGAAGACAUCAAAGUGCAAAGUUUUGAGAAACGGAGAAGUGAUUGCCGACGAUUUGGCACUCGAAUCAAUGCGGCACCUGAAGAACGAAGUGGAUACCGUGAAAAAAGAUGUCGAGUGUGGGCUACGGCUAGAUAACCAGCAUGUCGAGGUACGGACAGGUGAUACCAUAGUUUGUUAUAAAAUUAAUCAUGAGCCACAGAAAACUGACUGGGAUCCUGGUUUCUAAGGGGAACGAUAGCAAAGAGAAUAACCGAUAGAGGUGCU